AUGAAGUACCCACCAGGUGGUGAUGAAUUUGUCAAGAAGCUUUUAUUAAGUUGUCCUGUUCUUGAAGACUUAUAUGUGGAGCAGUGUCCUGAUGACAAUGUGACUGUUUUCACUGUUAGGGUGCCUUCUCUCAAGUACGCAUCAUUGUAUAAAUCACAUGACAGAGCUAAAGAUGACAAAGAUGGGAUGCAUAUCCUAUUGGUAGUGUCUUCCGAAGUCUUAGCCUCUCCUAAUUUACGAGCUCUCAAACUUUGUUCUUACCAUAAUAAGGAUUAUCCACGUCCGUGCUGGAGUGAACCGAGUUCAAUUCCUAAGUGUUUGGUAACGAGUCUUGAAACUCUCAAAUGGGUAAAUUAUGAAGGGUACGAAGAAGAGAAACAAGUAGCAGCAUUCAUCUUAACAAACGCAAACCGUUUGAAGAAGGCAAUUUUCUCCUCUGAUGAUUCCAACGAUCACGAGAAAUCUGAGAUGCUUAAAGAGUCGUUGUCAUCAUCAUCGCCUAUGUGUUCACGUACUUGCCAGCUUCUAUUUGACUGA